AUGGUCUUCCGAGCCUCCCCCACCCAACUGGUGAACGGGGGAGGCUUUGAGGAGAGCGGCCCAAAGGCCUUGGCUGAGGCCAUUGAGGGCACAUACAUUGAUAAGAAAUGCCCUUUCACUGGUAACGUGUCUAUUCGUGGCCGCAUCCUGUCAGGUGUCGUCACCAAGAUGAAGAUGCAGCGCACCAUCGUCAUUCGUCGGGACUACUUACACUACAUCCGCAAGUACAACCGCUUUGAGAAGCGGCACAAGAAUAUGUCCGUGCACUUGUCUCCUUGUUUCAGGGACGUACAGAUCGGAGACAUCGUCACGGUGGGCGAGUGCCGUCCACUUAGCAAGACUGUCCGGUUCAAUGUCCUCAAGGUGACCAAGGCAGCCGGCACCAAGAAGCAGUUCCAGAAGUUUUAAAGGUUGCUGGUGUUUCUCUUUGGGAAGCAUACAUAAACUUUUUAUAAAGACCCAGAAGUUUCAUUCAUGUGGCCUGAAUGGUAUAGAGAUUGGGAAUACAAAGGAGCCUGUAUUGUCUUUUUGUUUAUAAGUGGCCAGAUAAACAUCUAAAGGAAACAAA